AUGCCGUCGAUUGAGGAGACCAAGAGGCAAGUGAAGGCCGGCCUCGCGCAAAACAAACAGCAUGAUCAUGUGGACCACGAUGCUAUUCUCGCCAGUCUCGAGGACGAGAUCGACAAGCACAAUCGUAACAGGGUAAAAGACGACGRCGAGCGAGAAAGCUCCUCUCGAUUCCGCUUCAAAUCCGGCACGACGCUUCCCCGGAGAAGAAAGCGUUCUCGAGACGGCGAGCAGGAUCGCAAACCUCGCAAACCUCGCAAACAUCGAAUACGGAGAGAGAGGGAAGGACAGCAUGAAUAUGAAGAAACAGCCGCCCACCCUUUUCCGCGAGAGCCAACGAACCCGGAUGGUACGGCACGUGAAGACCCCAGCGUGGCUUUUCGCGAUUCCCUCUUUGAUGCUUUGGCAGACGAUGAAGGCGCGGCAUACUGGGAGAGUGUGUACAGCCAGCCCAUUCAUGUCUACCCACGCCCUACAGUGGAGAGUGCCAGAGGCGAGCUGGAGCAGAUGAACGACGAGCAGUAWGCUGCGUAUGUUCAGACGCGCAUGUGGGAGAAGAAGAAUCCUCAGGUCGUGCUYGAGCGAGAGCGAAAGGAGAAGUCGAGGCGGGAAGAAGAGGAAGAACGGACGCGACAACGCGAAGAGUUCGUACGUCGCAAGCAACGAAAUGCAUGGGAUCGCGCAAACAAAGAUGGUGCGAGGAAGUUUGCAGGCUUGGACAGCGAUGGCGAGGAACGCUAUGAGUAUGUCCUCGAUCCUGCCGGAGCUUCCCAACGCUCGAGUGACGAUGCCCGAGAUGAAUUUCGUCAUGCUUGGGCAGGUUAUCUUGCGGCUUGGGACAAUCUCAAGCUGGAGCUCCUCGAAGAUCGCGAGAAGGAGGAGUCGUCCAGAAAUACCGACAACCCCUCCAAGCGCAUUCCUUGGCCUGUAUUGCAAUCCAAACCCGUCACCAAGCCCAAUAUUGAGGACUUUCUGCGCCACGCUCCUCAUACUGAAGGAGGGCCGACGAGACUACAAGUCCUCAAAAUGGAGCGAGUCAAGUGGCAUCCUGAUAAGGUACAGCAGAGAUUCACAGGCAGCGUGGAUGAAGGCACCAUGAAAAUCGUGACGGGCAUCUUUCAUGUCGUGGACGCGCUGUUGGAAGACGAACGGGAACGUUGA